UUUCCAGACGCUGUUGAGCUUCCUCGUUGGCAUGAUCUGCUUCUGCAGAAUGUGCCUAUCUUUGAUCUAGACUUUGAUGCUAUCCUUGCUGCCAUGUAUGCUUUUGCUGAUAUUACUGAGGGUGACUGUUACCUGCGUGUCCCGCCCGACCCGGGCACUGUGGCUGCUGCUCUGGGUGCUAGUGCGGCUGCUGCUCUAGGUGCUCGUGCGUCUGCUGCUCCAGGUGCUGGUACGUCUCCUCUCUCUGGUACUGCACCUACUGAGUCCUUUCACACCUUCACACUUGACUCUGGUGCUUCGCGCUCUUUCUUUAGAGACAGCACCACGCUUACGCCGCUCCGUCGGCCUGUUGCGGUCUCCCUUGCUGACCCCUCCGGGGGCCCAGUCCUUGCACACUCCUCCACAGUUCUACCGUGUCCUGCGGCCCCGUCGGGCUUGCUGUCGGGACUCCACCUCCCCUCGUUCUCUACGAACUUGGUGAGUGGAGCUGACCUCCAGGACGCGUGGGUUGACCAGUUCACCCCUGGAGGUCAGCGUGUGACCCACUGCACUUGCUCUCGGACGGGCCGCCACCUGGCCACGUUCACCCGUCGGCCAGGGUCGAGUCUGUACACACUGACUACUGCGCCUCCUCCGGUCCCUGCGUCUGGUCAGGUAGCUGCGUCCAGUCAGGUGUUUGCUGCUGCGUCCAGGUCUAGUCCUGCGUCUGCCCCCUGCUCGUGUCGUCCUCUGGCGCACGAGACUCUCCUUUGGCACCACCGCCUUGGUCACCCCUCCCUGCCUCGUCUUCGAGGUAUGGCCUCCCGUGGUUUUGUCUCUGGCCUCCCCAGGUCCCUCCCUCCCCUUCCUCCGGGGCCUGCCCCCACCUGUAUUCCUUGUGUCGAGGGCCGGCAGCGUGCCGCUCCUCACUCCUCCUCGUUUCCUCCGACUGAGGCCCCUCUGCAGACUCUUCACAUGGACGUGUGGGGCCCAGCCCGCAUCCGUGGAUGGGGUCACGAGCGUUACUUUCUGCUGGUCGUUGACGACUACUCGCGUUACACCACAGUCUUCCCCUUGCGCAGCAAGGGUGAUGUCACUGAGGUGUUGAUCGACUGGAUCCGCGGUGCUCGUCGCCAGCUUAGUGAGAGUUUCGGCUCCGACCUUCCUGUUCUGCGUCUGCACUCAGACAGAGGCGGGGAGUUUUCGUCCGACCUCCUGAGAGCCUUCUGUCGUUUGGAGGGCAUCCGCCAGACGUUCACGCUUCCGGCCUCCCCGCAGCAAAAUGGGAUUGCUGAGCGCCGCAUUGGCAUGGUCAUGGAUGUCGCUCGUACGUCCAUGAUCCAUGCGGCUGCUCCCCAUUUUCUGUGGCCAUUCGCGGUUCAGUACGCUGCGCAUCAGAUCAACCUUCAGCCUCGUGUCUCCUUGCCGGAGACCACACCUACUCUGCGGUGGACGGGGAAGGUUGGCGAUGCGUCCGCGUUCCGUGUCUGGGGAUCUCGAGCUUUUGUCCGCGAUACUACAGCGGACAAGCUGUCCUCCCGUGCCGUUCCCUGUGUCUUCCUUGGCUUCCCUCCUGACGCACCCGGGUGGCAGUUCUACCACCCCACCUCGCGUCGUGUUCUGUCCUCUCAAGACGUCACGUUUGACGAGUCGGUGUCGUACUACCGUACUCCCCUGGUAGACUCCCUCCCCCCCCAGGGUCCUGCCCCCUCAGGUGUGUCCCAGGUAGACCCUGCCGAGCCGGUCGAGGUAGCUGUCGCCUCAGGUGCUGCUAGGGGUGCUGAGACUGGGGGUGCUGAGUCUGGGGGUGCUGAGACUAGGGGUGUUGAGUCUGGGGGUACUACACCUGCGCGUGCUGCGUCUGGAGGUGCUCUAGGUGUCCCGUCGCGGCGGGAGCCUCUCUCUCCACAGCGCCUUCGUGAGUGGUACUCUCGGCGCGGUCGGGUUGCUGCUGGUGCUGGGGCUGCUGGAGGUGCUGGAGGUGCUACUGGUGCUACUGGAGGUGCUGGCGCUGCUGGAGGUGGUGCUGGAGCUGGAGCUGCAGGAGGUGCUCCGGGUGCUGGUGCUGCUGGAGGUGCUGCUGGUGCUGGAGCUGCUGGAGGUGCUACUGGUGCUGGUGCUGCUGGAGGUACUGGAGGUACUACUGGAGCUACUAGAGGUGCUGGCGCUGCUGGAGGUGGUGCUGGAGCUGGAGCUGCUGGAGGUGCUCCAGGUGCUGCUGGAGCUGCUGGAGGUGCUGCUGGGACUGGAGGCCCUGGGGCUGAGGGUACCGGUUCUGUCUCUGCUGUCUCUGGAGGCGCUGCGCGGCCGCGGCUGUACUACGUUCCGCUCCUUCAGCAGGUUCUUGGCUCCCCGCUUUCUCCUGGUCCUCCUCCUCCUUUCCUGAGUCCACCGCCUGUCCAGUCCCAGUCGCAGUUGCAGCGGGCCUCUCCGCUGCCUGGUCCUUCUCCUUACUCCGGUCCGUCUAGAGGUCUUACGGAGCGUCGGGAGCCUGAGUCUCGUCCUGUGUCGCCUGCGUCUCGUUCUGCGUCGCCUGUCCGUCCUGUUCGCACUGGUCGUGUUUCGCGUCCGCGUCUUCCUCUUGUCCCAGGCACUCACUCUAUGACACUGCGUCCUUCUACUGCUCCACAGCGUGUCCCUCUGCCCUCUCCUCCUGCGUCCUCUCUUCCUGACGGUCCGGACCCGGAGUCUGACUCCCUUCGUGCUGCUAGUCCUACUGUCACCCGCUUUCUGGCCACUGCUGUCACUGACCCUCUGUUUGAGUCCUCUGCUGCGUCUGCUCUUGUUGCUGAGCUUGUUGACUUUGCUGCGGCCUGUCGCCUAGACUACGCUGCUAGUCUUACAGGAGGACCUUGA